CGAGCUUCAAAAGCUGGCCCAGCAGUCCCACUGUCUACGUAACAACUCCUCCACGGUCUCUCUUUUUGUUGAUGCCGCAGCUCCUGAUCAUCGUGCCACCUACAUACGACUUUCGGGGCCUUCUUUGCGCACACGAGUCGAUUUCGGUAUCUACCGCAGAGCCUCGCGUUCUAGUAUAUUCUAGCAAUCCUCCUCCUAGGAUGGCAGGUCUCCUUCUACGAAUACUCCAUCCUACGAGCGGAGGGAAUUUGCACUGAGAGUUGGGUAAACAAAUGCUGUACCGCUCUCGCUCAUGCUCAAUCUCUCCUCAUCCUCACUCCUGGUCGUGUUUCCUCCAGACUUCAAGGUCUUUUCGAGAAGCUAUGACAUCGUACCCUAUCGAUAACCCAGGAACAUGUCGAGGAGGACAGAUGGUUAGUCAGAUACAUCACAACUCAUUGCGCUGUCAUGUACACAAUGACUCGGGUAUGGCCACCUCAACCGCUACGGCUUUUAGUUUGGUAGCAGGAGAUCAUGCGCGAGCACGCUCUAAAUACACCCAUCUCGUUUCCAGGUAGGGUCCAGGUAAUACAGGAGAUACAGGUUUCGGGAAGAGCAGGACAGAUGCACUUGUCAAAUUGCAAGGCACGGGACCUGAGAUAAUGUUUCUCAUCCAUGAUGAUAUGACUGGGUACACGCCUUUCGGUUCGUUGCUGUCGAAAAGGGCCUCAAACACUCAACCAAGGUUCAAAUUUGUGAUGCCGGUUUGUUCAGGUACAUGGUUGCUCGGGCUCAUCUUGAGGGUGUGAAUAUGUUGCAGAGGUUUCUUUGAUAGGAAAUGUAAUCGGCAGUAAAAUAUAUCUCACACCAGCCUCGGGUUUCAGUACCAGAUUAUAAUACAUAUGCCAUGGUGAACGGACAGCCCAAUAGGACAACACCAUACUCUAUACGAGUAUGCUGCCUGUUGUGGUAACCGCUGUCAGCACUCGUCUCACCUGUUCGAAUAUAUUCAUGGUUAUCGCACCUUCAAAUCGGUAUAUACAUACGCUGCCGGGUCUGCGCUAGAAGCGGGAAAUAUCCGAGGAAAGGUCGCGCAAUAGUCCAGUGUCGAUGUCAAUGUCGGUAGUUUGCAAUAAGCAGAUCACUUCGGAUAUGCUCUGCAAUGACCCGUUCUCGGCAUUUGGGCCAUCACACGGUGGGUUACAGGAUGAACUUGGACAGUGAUGCUGCUUACCUACAUAUAAUGGGUCAAAGCAGGUCAUUUCUACGGCUUCGAAUCUCACCUCCAUCCCCAGGUUCGUUCAAAUACAGUACGGAGUAGUUCAAUAGCCGCUGUCGAGAAUCUCCGAGGCUCUGAGCUAAAAGACAUAUCAACUCCUCCUCCACCCUUCCCCGACACCCGCAUUUGGCAGAUCGACAAGACAUCUUCUCCCCCGGGUUGGCCCAGAACUCUUUAAUUCCGACUGAUGCUCUCUAACGGAAUUCAUUCCUCCCUGCUAUACGACUCUUCUCUAGGAGACCUCUAGGAGGCACAAGGCUCGUCGGUCUUGUAAACCCGUUGCUUUGUGCCGUCUUGUCAAACUCGCUCCCGGCAAUUAUACCACGAGGGUUCUCGGGUCUCGUGCCCCAACAUGUCCAGUUCAAGUUACGAGAACCUCCUGCGGUACACGAUCUGGGCCGUCGGGAUCGUCCUUACAACCCAGGUCGUCGUCUUCCUGUACAAGAGCGUCACGUCCUCACUACGCUCUGUGCCUGGUCCGUUCCUCGCCCGCUUCGGACGCAUAUACUACUUUGUUCGUCUAUCUCUGGGCCACUGGGAACAUGAUGAUAUCGAACUGCACCGACAGUAUGGGCCUGUGGUUCGCGUGGGCGCCGACCUGUAUAGCAUCGACUCCCCGGAGAUCGUGAAGAAGGUGUACGGCAUUGGUUCCAAGUUCCCCAAGUCGGACUGGUACGAUGCCUGGAGACAUCCAGACCCAAAUCGGUGGACCUUGUUCCCCGACCGUGACAUGAAGCGUCACGCCGAGACGCGCAAGCGAUUCCAGGCGAUGUACUCAAUGUCCAGCCUGGUCAGCUACGAAGGGUACGUAGACGAGUGUGCCGCCAUCUUCCGCAAGAGGUUGACCGAGUUCGCGGCGCGCGGCGAGACCAUCGACAUGGCACAUUGGCUCCAGUGCUACGCGUUCGACGUCAUUGGGAACAUCACAUAUUCGCAACGGUUCGGCUUUUUGGACCAGGGGGAGGACAUUGCUGGCUUGCUACAGGCCUUGCAUGGCGUGCUGAGGUACGGGACGCUCAUGGGCGUGUACGCCUCCUGGCACCCCCUCGUGUUUGCCCUCUCGAGUCGCCUGGGUAUGGGCGGCGCCUCUGGCAGAACUUACCUGAUGAAGUACGUGCAGCAACGCAUAGAGCAGAGGAAGGCGAAGGAUCGGGCGGCUCCAAUGCCAGAGGACGUCGAGGAGAAGUCUGCCGCAGAAAGGGACGAGAAUGCCCCGAUGGAUUUUUUGGAGAAGCUGAUGAACGCGAAUCGAGAAGACCCCGAGAGGGUGACGCCGUAUCAUGUCUUCAUGAUGGGACUGUCGAACAUCAUUGCGGGAUCGGAUACGACGGCUGUGAGCCUGUCGUCAAUCCUGUACAAUUUGCUCAAAUAUCCGAGGACGCUGGAAAAGUUGAGGAGGGAGAUCAGGGAAUAUGAGGAACAGGGCCGUUGCGGUAACCCGGACGUCUCGUUCAAGGAGAGUCAAGAAAUGCCGUACCUUCAGGCCGUCAUGAAGGAAGCCCUGAGGAUGCAUGCCGCGACGGGUCUGCCGCUGUGGAGGGUGGUUCCCGAAGGUGGUGUCGAGAUUUGUGGUUAUUACUUUCCCGAGGGUACUAACAUUGGCAUCAAUACCUGGUGCGCACACUACAAUGAGGAUGUCUUUGGGCCGGACGCGGCGGAGUUUCGCCCCGAAAGGUGGCUCGAAGCUGAGAAAGAAGAAGGGGAGAGGUUGAAGAGUAUGGACGCCUAUUACAUGCCGUUUGGUCUGGGAUCACGAACGUGUAUAGGUCGCCACAUUUCCUUCUUGGAAAUGUCGAAGUUGAUACCUCAGAUCGUGAGGAUGUUUGACUUUGAACUUGUACAUCCCGAUCGCCCUUGGAAUACGGAGAACAACUGGUUCAUCAAACCCACCGACUUUCAGGUGAAGGUCAAAAUUCGGCGUGAAAAAUGGGCUGAGAUGUGAUGGCUCUCUUCUGUAAGACGCGUCCAUAGCUUGAUACCUACUAUUAGUAGCAAUACAGAAUUCCUAACAUGUGUUGCUACGGACUAUCGAAACGGGGAUGGAUUACGUGAGUGACCAGCAUGUGAUAAUUGGAAAAGAGGUUAGCAAAAUACCUUAGCAAUGCCUAUUGUGUACCAUUCUUCACAUGAUCAGCAGCACAUUUGCACGGAUUUGAUUUGGCAUCACAUCAUCCGGAAUAUCAGAGUUGUGGCGGUUGAGGAUGUGCACACAUUCUGGGGGUUGUGGCGCCAUGGUCACAGACGUGACAGCAUGUGGUUGACAUGAAUACCCGACUAUUCAACUAGCGUCUACGUUGGACCUCAUCAUUCUCACUACUGGAGGCAAUAACCGCAACCGUCGGCGAGAGAAGGUCGUACUGUAUUGUUCUCCCGGAGUGGAAAUCAUCAGUGAUCAGUGAGUCCACCAGAAAGGUCGAUUGAAACGUUUCCAAGCGGAGAGUGCGUCUAUUGAUCAGUAACGAUGAGAUGAAGUGAGUGCAAGCUGGAGAUUGGCGGCUAGAAGAACGCCAGAGGCGGAUCUAUCACAAACUAGCACUGCAAGUUAUUGUGGGGAGUGGUCCUCGCCUCAGACCGGGGGUGUGGUGAAUGGCAGCUGUGUAUGUACAGUAGACAAACCUAUCAACCUUGAGUCGAGUCGACUGAAGAGGGGGGGCAAAUUACGGAGUAUGCGCCAGACGAUCUCCUCGAUGACACAGUUGCCGUAGCCUGACAGCGCAGUCCCCGAAGUUGUCCAAAGCCAUCCACACAUUAUCAUCGAGCCUGACCUCGCCCACCUUCGAGAUUCGUAGAGUUACCUCUCCAAGUGGGCAAGCUGUACCCGUACUGUAGCUUCCAUGGCCCAAUUUCCUUCCGGAGGCUUGCCCUGGAGCUAAGGGGGGUAGUGUCUACAAUGAGAGCCUAAAGCUGUUCGGCUGUCCGGUGGCAAGUGGAGAUCUAGAGUGGCCAGACUUAAC